AUGGAGUCUCACAUUCAGCUGGCAAAGGUUAAUAGCUUCUUGAAGGAAGCAUUUACACUUGCGUUGUACACACUUGGCAUUAUUGUGGUCGACAUCGCAUAUAAAACCGGCACCAAUAACAAUGUCACGCCGGCCAAUAUUAACCUGCUCACUGAUAAGGACGUUACGAAUCUUACAUUGGGAUCAAAGGUUCAGCUUGUAGCAUGGUACGAGUACAUCACUUUCAUCUGUGCGUUACACGAAGCCCUCUCAUUUGCAAACUUCAAACAAUUCGCAAGUUCGCCCUCUCCCUUCGAGAGCCUGCUCCUCCAAGCCGCAAAACUUCUACGUUAG